GGAGAGAAGCCAUAUUGCUGUAAUGAAUGUGGCAAACAGUUUUCACAUAAAAGCAAUCUUCAGAACCAUGCAAGAGUUCACACCGGAGAGAAGCCAUAUUGCUGUAAUGAAUGUGGUAAACAGUUUUCACAGAUGAGCAGUGUACAGAAACACACUAGACUUCACACCAGAGAGAAGCCAUAUUGCUGUAAUGAAUGUGGCAAACAGUUUUCACAAAUAGGCAAUCUACAGCAACACACGAGAGUUCACACUGGAGAGAAGCCAUAUUGCUGUAAUGAAUGUGGUAAACAGUUUUCACGUAUAAGCAAUCUUCAGGGCCAUAAGAGAGUUCACACCGGUGACAAGCCAUAUUGCUGUAAGGAAUGUGGUGAACAGUUUUCACAAAUGAGCCAUCUUCAGAGACACACGAGAGUUCACACUGGAGAGAAGCCAUAUUGCUGUAAGGAAUGUGGUGAACAGUUUUCACAGAUAAGCCAUCUUCAGAGACACACGAGAGUUCACACUAGAGAGAAGACCUAUUGCUGUAAUGAAUGUGGUGAACAGUUUUCACGUAUAAGCAAUCUUCAGAUACACACGAGAGUUCACACUGGAGAGAAGCCAUAUUGCUGUAAUGAAUGUGGUAAACAGUUUUCACUAAAAGGCCAUCUUCAGAUACACACGAGAGUUCACACCAGAGAAAAGCCAUAUUGCUGUAAUGAAUGUGGCAAACAGUUUUCACAAAUUAGCAAUCUUCAGAAACACAGUAGAGUUCACACUGGAGAGAAGCCAUAUUGCUGUGAAUGUGGUAAACAGUUUUCAAAGAGAAGCCAUCUUCAGACCCACCAAAGAAUCCACACAGGAGAGAAGCUGUAUUUCUGCUCUGAAUGUGGAGAAAAGUUUUCACGGAACAGCCAUUUUAAGAGCCACCAAAGAAUCCACACAGGAGAGAAGCCAUAUGACUGCUCUGAAUGUGGCAAACAGUUUUCAGAAAGAAGCCAUCUUCAGAGCCACCAAAUAAUUCACACAGGAGAGAAGCCAUAUUGCUGCUCUGAAUGUGGCAAAAAGUUUUCACGGAAAAGCCAUCUUCAGAUCCACCAAAGAAUUCACACAGGGGAGAAGCCAUAUGACUGUUCUGAAUGUGGCAAACAGUUUUCAGAAAGAAGCCAUCUUCAGAGCCACCAAAUAAUUCACACAGGAGAGAAGCCAUAUUGCUGCUCUGAAUGUGGCAAAAAGUUUUCACGGAAAAGCCAUCUUCAGAUCCACCAAAGAAUUCACACAGGGGAGAAGCCAUAUGACUGUUCUGAAUGUGGUAUAAAGUUUUCACAUAAAAGCAGUCUUCAGAGCCACCAAAGAAUUCACACAGGAGAGAAGGUGUAUGACUGUUCUGAAUGUGGUAAAAAGUUUUCACGGAAAAGCCAUCUUCAGACCCAUCAAAGAAUUCACACAGGAGAAAAGCCACAUGACUGUUCUGAAUGUGGUAAAAAGUUUUCACAGAGAAGCAGUCUUCAAAGCCACCAAAGAAUUCACACUGGAGAGAAGCCAUAUUUCUGCUCUGAAUGUGGCAGAAAGUUUUCACAUAGUAGCAGUCUUCAGAAACAUCAAACUAUUCACACAAGAGAGAAAAAAAUGACAAACUCCCUCACCUUGUCCACAGAUGAACACAGUACAAUGCUGAGCAGCAGAAGAAAGAAUUCAAAAAGUUUAAUGAAAACAAAAAAGAUCUAAUUGGGGAAACUACAAGUAAAGUGGUAAAUACGCAGCCCCCCUCCAACAGCCUCAUGUGGAAACCGAACUUACUCAUUCAUGGCUUAUGAGGGGCGAACUAAGACCAAAAGAUGUACGCCUCAUCAUAGGUGCACAAAACAGUGGCUUGGACACAAAAUGGUUCAGAUUAAAAAUAGAAAAAAUAAAUAACCCAUAAUUGUCACUUCUACCACAAAGAGCUAGAAACAGUCACACAUCUUGUUACUGGGUGUGAGGUACGGAUUGCUGAAGGAUUAUACACUGCACAACACCACAAAGUGGCCAGGCUCAUUCACUGGAAACUCUGCAAGAAGUACAACUUACCCUCACCAGAAAGACACUGGGACCACAACUCAGACCGCACAAUGGAAAAUGAGGAGGUGCAGGUCACUUGUAGCACAGCAAUACUGACUGACUAAUAAUAGAGGCCAGAAAACCAGAUGUAAGAAAUCCUGGAUAACAGAAGUAUUAGUUCCUAGUGAUUACUCAGUCCUAAAAAUGGAGAGGCAAGAAAGAAACAAAAUACCAAGAAAUGCAGUCUGAGAUAUGACA